UUGUUGUGGGUCGGAUAAGAUUCACCAUCGAACCGUGCCCUAACUCAAGAGAACCACCAUCUACUCGAAAGGUGACCAUAGUACGAGGAAAGCCAACAUACCGAUAAGGAUCAAGAACAUCAACGUCUCUCAACCUUGUACUAUCGAUACAGAGCAGAACAGAGAAACCCCAUUAAGGUGUCUUUUUUUGAGGUGCCAGAAAGGGGUGUUUAGUAGAUAUGAGUUGGUCCAGUAGUAACUAUCUUUGCUUGUCAAGCUCAAGCUCUGUUACACAGUUUAGCAGGUGCAAGUUGCCUUGUGAGUCUGAAGGGCAACGCGGGAAAUGUCAAGAUCUAAAUAGGGCAACAAACAUUUCUGCUUACAACAGCUUGAAACCUCCGUCUUUUAAACUCGAUAAGGGUCAAAGAAGGAACGAUCACGUCUUGAAAAAGCCAAGAAACAUUUCUGCUUACUACAGCUUGAAACCUCCACCUUAUAAAUUUGAUGCCCUAGAGCCGUAUAUGAGCAAAAGAACGCUUGAGGUCCACUGGGGAGAACAUCACCGUGGUUAUGUGGAAAGUUUGAACAAAUAUUUAGGAAAGGAUGAUAUAUUAUACGGAUACACAUUGGAUGAAUUGAUCAGAGUCACAUAUAACAACGGAAACCCUCUGCCAGAAUAUAACGUUGCUGCUCAGGUCUGGAAUCAUGAUUUCUUCUGGGAAUCCAUGCAACCAGGAGGUGGUAAUUUACCGAUAUUGGGUCUACUUGAGCAGAUUGAAAAGGAUUUUGGUUCCUUUUCAAAUUUUAGAGAAGAGUUUAUUGAAACCGCACUCACACUAUUUGGCUCUGGAUGGGUUUGGCUUGUUUUAAAGCGGAAUGAAAAACGACUUGCAAUAGCUACAACGACAAAUGCUGUAACCCCACUCGUUUGGGAUGAUAUUCCUCUUCUUAGUUUGGAUAUGUGGGAGCAUUCUUAUUAUCUGGAUUACAAGAACGACAAAGCGCGGUAUGUUAAUGUCUUCAUGGAUCAUCUUGUGUCAUGGAAUGCGGCAUUGGCUCGAAUGGCACGUGCACAAUCCUUUGUAAAUUUAGGAGAACCGAAGAUUCCGGUUGCCUAAUAAUUAUGUCUCUUGUUUAGAUAGCAAGUUUUGCAGGUAGUAAUGCAACCAUUAUUUGGAAAAAUGUAUGCUUAAGCAUUUAACUUUUGUGGCUGUUGAAAAUUUCAGUUGCUUUUGUAGUUCUGCAAA